AUGUGGUCUAAGAGACCGUUUCACAAGCCCAAACGGCCUUCGAUUAGCGGCCCCAUAUUGAAUGGCAAUCCACCUACCACAUCAGACCCUGUUCAUGAUAUGGUCGCCAAAAGAUUGCCCGCUCUGCCUGACGACUUACAUUCAUUACAAUCAGAUGUCCUGCGUGAGGAUAUCGAAAGGACGCCGGGCGUGUCGCCUGCCAUUUCGCCGGUGCUUGAAGCGCACAGGCGAGCAAGCGAAAGUAGUUUCUGUGUCUCGCCUAUUGGCGACGGCGACCAAUUUUCUGAUUAUGCGCGACAGGAGACUGGGACCUUGUCUUCCCCAACUCCUAUUCCCAAGGCAGACUAUGUUGACACACCCUCUCACUCCCGGGUUCAACCUGUCCAACCUGUCCAGUAUCUCCAACAUGAUUACGACUCUAGGCGAUUCAUCUCUGGUAAAUCAACGCACUGGAAUAAUUUUUCAGCCGAACCGACCUUGAGUGAUGUUGUUAGAGUUGGUGAUACCCGUCAAACCUCUCUCCAAAAAGCCUCCGGACCUGGGGCUCCUGCUCCUGCUCCCGCUCCCACUUCCAACCUACUGAAUUGGGGCCAGGGGUUCAACCCCAAGAAGACCCUCAAUGCAGCUCGAAGCCGGAUCACCAGUUUCUCGAAGACCGAAGAGCUUUCGCAAAAGGCACCCAGAAGUAGAUCGGCGUCACGUGGGCUUCCAGUGGAAGAGCGUACCAGCAAACGCAACGGCAACGGUGCGCUAAAGACGAGUCCCCAGCUCGAUAACUUUGGCUUUGCUCCUACAACUGUGACCACUAUCACCGGCGGUGGUCCAGCAUCCGUUCCCCGGAGACCGGCAACAGAGCACGCCCAAAGCCGCCUACCAGAGGAGCAGAAACCAAUAUUCAAGUUCGAUAACGAUUUCAGCGACAUGAUGUUCACGACCGAGGAAUCCAUUAGCCGUUUCAGCUCAACCACAUACACAGCCACCGAGCCGGGAAGUCGAGAUCCAAGCCCGCGAGUGAGUAUGCAGCUUGAAAACCGAUCUAUGGACGAUGUUUCCACGUCCUCUAUCAUGUCCCGACGCCGCCCAAUUCCAAUCAGCGUGCCGACUUCGAAGAAGCCCGUCCGAAAACCCACUCCAUCCGAGGCCGCACAGCAAAUCGCGGAUAUGUCCGCUCAGGCAUCUUCGCCUCCACCCGAGGUGCCUCUCGAUGCGCAUGGCCGCAUUAAGGCAAUGGAGGACAAGAGGGAUGACCUGAAUCAGCGCAGAUUGAAUUUGCAGGCGUUAAUCCUCGAGUUGAGAAAGGUUGUUCAUCCUACUUCAGCUGUGUAUGACCUGGCUGCUAGAACCGAGGCCCAGAAGAGCAUCAAAGGCAUUGAAGACAAGCUUGCAGAUAUCAAGAAAGAAGAGCACGAUCUUGGCCUGAAGAUUACUCGAGCGUGGCGUCGCCUAGACGAGAAGGAGAAUGCCGGCGAUGGCAAUAAUCUCUGGGUCAAGCGAGUCACUAGUUAG